AUGUCUGUGGAAACUUCAGCAACUUUCUCUGUUCUUCUGAUCAUAAUCUCAUCGACAAUGGCCCAGGAGUGCUCACAGCCCUGCGCCUGCCCUGCAGACCCCCCUCCCUGCCCAGUGGGUACCAGCUUGGUACUCGAUGGCUGCGGUUGCUGUAAAGUGUGUGCCAGGCAAUUAGGAGAGCCCUGCAAUCUUCUCGAGCCCUGCGACCACCACAAGGAGCUCUACUGUGACUACGCACUGCUGAGUGACACAGACACUGGCAUCUGCAUGGCUCAAGAAGGUCUGCCGUGUGACCUGGGUGGAGUCAUCUACCACAGCGGGGAAUCCUUCCAACCAAGCUGUAAACACCAAUGCGUGUGUAUGAAUGGCGAGAUCGGAUGUGUGCCGACGUGUCCCGGUAACGUCAGGUUGCCGUCCCCCGACUGUCCGUACCCUCGCCGCAUCAACAUUCCGGGAAAGUGCUGUGAGGAGUGGGUGUGUGACCAGACGCCUCAGGACCACCUCUAUGAGUCAGUGAUGGGUGGAGCCUCUCAGAUUCAUCCACUGCCUUCUUCACAAGCCAUCCCAGGAUUCAGAGAGGUGCCCGUUCACGGGCCACAACCAGAGAGUCCCAGAGAUAACUGUAUAGUCCAAACGACAGAGUGGAGCGAGUGCUCGGCCAGCUGUGGCAUGGGGGUCUCAUCCCGCAUUACUAACGACAACCAGCGCUGUCAGCUGGAAAGACAGACAAGGGUCUGUUUGAUUCGACCCUGUGACACCCAGCAGGAGAAAGAAAUUAAGCGAGGCAAGAAAUGCGUGCGGACACCUAAGGCCCAAAGAGGGAUGCACUUCGAGUUGUCAGGCUGUACCAGCACCAGGCUAUACAAACCAAAGUUCUGCGGCGUUUGUACGGACAACCGAUGCUGCACGCCUCACACAACCAUCACCGCUGAGGUGGAGUUCCGCUGCCCAGAGGGAGACGUGUUUAGGAAAAAAAUGAUGUUCAUCAAAACGUGCUCUUGCCACUUUGACUGUCCGCGGGACAAUGACAUCUUCCUAGCUUCCAACACACGGAGGAUGAUCGGUGACUAUGACCACAACAUGUGA